AUGUCCAUCUCACGAACCAAAAUCUCCUCCGUCUCGUUCAACGAGGCAGGGGACUGGGUGGCAGUGGGCUGUGCACGCCUGGGGCAGCUGCUCGUGUGGGAGUGGCGCUCAGAGACCUAUGUGAUGAAGGUGCAGGGCCAUUUCUAUGAUGUCAGCUGUGUGGCUUUCUCUCCGGAUGGCACGCGUGUGGUAACCGGGUCAGACGAUGCCAAGGUGAAGGUCUGGAGCCUUGCGUCGGGGUUCUGCUUUGUAACGCUCGCGGAGCACACCGGUCCGGUUACCGCCGUCGCCUUUCUCCCAUCCGGCGGCGCAGGGUCGGCGGCGGCGGCCGCAGCGGGCGGCGGCGGGGGCGGCGGGGCUGUGGUGAGCGCGUCGCUGGACGGCACGGUGCGGGCGUUUGACCUGCUGCGGUACCGCUGCUUCCGCACACUCACCACGCCGCAGCCCGUGCAGUUUGCGUCGCUGGCCGUGCACCCGUCAGGCGAGGUGGUGUGUGCGGCGAGCCAGGACGACUUCCAGGUGUACGUGUGGAGCAUGCGCACCGGGCGACUGCUGGACGUCUUAUCGGGGCAUGAAGGCCCAGUGCAUAGCCUCGCCUUCUCGCCCACCCAGGUGAGCAGGGCGGGCAGUCAGUCAGUGUGGGGUGGUGUGUGCGGCGAGCCAGGACGACUUCCAGGUGUACGUGUGGAGCAUGCGCACAGGGCGACUGCUGGACGUCGGGGCAUGAGGGGCCUGUUCACAGCCUCUCGUUCUCUCCCACGCAGGUGA